AAAAUUUAUUUCUCUGUCUCUUUCCAGGCAACUGUUCAUUUAUUAAGGAUGCAGGGAAUCGAACUGAAUGAUCAUGCUGUACCUCCUAAAGAUACAAGCCAGAAUCAUCCAGGAUAUGUUUCAUAUCUUCCUGAAAGUGAUCCAGAAUGGAACACAUACAGUUUAUGGAUAGACUCCUUAUCUCAGUAUGCUAUGGAAAACUUCCAACGUGCAGCCGAAAUAGGAGAAGACUUGAAUGAAGCCUGGAUUGUUCACAAUGCUGUGGUGUAUGUCUUAAACUACAAUAGACAUCUUAUCUCUUCAGGAAGACAGAGGGAAAUUACUGAGCAUCUGCAGACUCUUCUUGGAGCCAUCAAGACUGUUGGACACAAUGGAAGUACUGUGGUUUUAUUGAUGUUAUGUAAUGCUUUGGCUCGGGGCUUAAUUCUUUGUUGGAUUCCAAAGCCAAAACUUGCUGAGAAGAAAAAAAAAGAUGCAACAACAGACAGAAGCAGAAAAGCUGCAGCAAAGAAACAUGAAAAAGCAAAUGUCAUCCAGUCCUUUUCAGUAGAUCCCAGUGGACUUCCUGAUAUCAAAGCUGCCUUAGAGAUUUGUGAAUUUGCCCUAAAUGUGACAACUGAAACCAUACCUAAUGAAGCAGUACCUAUUGCUGCACAGCAACAGAUCAUUGCUACGUGGGUGAAAGCAAAUCAGUUAAAUCAGCAGCAGAUCAGACAUAAACUUGGGACUGAGGAGGAGAAUAAUGAUGAAGCACAAAAUCCUAUGGCAAGAAUUCUUGUUGGUCUAGAAAUGUAUUCAUGUAAUGGCUUGGGUCUCAUGGAUUUCACUGUUCCUAGUUUAUCUCAGUUAGUGGAAUUGGCUUUAGAAUGCAGUUGGUCAGAUUCCUUAGUGGAAUUGCAGACACUGACGCGACUUAUGUAUUUUGCAUAUGUAUCACAUGACUAUGAAAUAGUGAUGACUUGUUCCAAAAGGAUCUUGCAAUCAGAUGAUAAUUUUUUCCACAGAAGAGAUACUAAGAAAUAUGAAAUGCCUGGUAACAGAGUGAGACAAGAAAUGUUAAGCACUGCUGCCUGUAUACAAGGAAAGAGUAUAAUGGAAAAUUUGUCUGGAAGAAAACAUUUGCGUGUAGCAGCAUCAAAAGCCUUUGUUCAGAGUGCCAGGUAUGCAGGUGAAGCCGGAAAUUACUCCCUUGUAAUGUUUGCAGCUCGACAGUUUUGGAAUACGUGUUUACCUUUGCUAGGUGCUGAGGAAGAUCUGACAUUAAGAACCUCCUUAUAUGGGUUAUUAUUCCACAUAUAUGCUGAUAAAGCUGAUUGGGAGACAGCACUAAAAGUCCUGGAUGAAGCCGUUCAAGUUUUGCCUCAGACAAGACACAGGCUCCUGAUUUUUAAACAUAUGGCUACAGUGAAGGCAGGACUGGGAUGCAAUUUUAUGAUGGAUAUUCAGAAACUCAGAGAUGAAAGUGAAGAUUAUUUGUCACAUAUGUGGCGUCAUUUGGUAACAGUCUCCAGAAAUAUUGUUGGACAGUUAAGCUGUUUUCAAAAUGCAAUCGUUGCUUUACAGAAACCAGAAAAUGAAUGGCAGAAAGUGGAUUACCUGAUGGAAUUUUCUGAAUGGUUAUAUUGUAACCAGUUUCCCCUCAGUGAUGUUAUUAAACCUCUGGACUGGGUGGUAGAUCUCUUGCUACACAUGAAAUUUUCUAUGCAAUCCUCACAAGAAGAAGAAAAAAAUACUAUACCAAAAUUUUCACCUGCAGAAAAUUUGAAGAUAGACAUUGGAACAAAUGAUGCCAUGCCCCAAAUUAAUUUGGAAGAUUUGAGUAAUAUUAAACAAUUGGAAGCUUUGUUUAGAGUGCAAACAUUAAUGGCUUUAAUUUCUGGUCAUAGUUCUCCUUUUCAUCAGCAGCACUGUUUGAUGGCAUAUGCUUGUAUCAUCCGUAUCUGGCAGGUAUCAUUGUCAGCAUCAGGAUCUAUUACAAAAGUAUCAUCAGAGUCUUCACAGUUUACAGCUCCUCAGAAGGUACAAUCAAUAAUUGCUCCUAAAAAAGAGAAGGACAAAAAGAAAGAGAAACAAGUUGAAGUUUCUAUUGUGAGAGAGAACCCUAAAGGGAAAGGAUCAGUUGAUACCUUACCAGCAAAUGUGGAAGAAUGGGCUCAUUAUGACUGUCCCCAUGAAAUCAGAGAUACUUUUAAACAGAAAACAAAUAGUUAUGGUAUUAACUGGGAUAACUUCCCAAAACCUACUUGCACUUUGUAUUUUAUGGACCUUUUAUCUAAAGAACUACAGAAAAUUUUUUGCCCGCACUUGAUUCUUCCCAUCUUUCAGCUAGCUGAAGUUAUUGCUAAUGAAGUUGUGGAAUGUAGAAGUCUGUCUGAUCUCUAUCAUCUUCGAAUUGCCUUGAUAUGUUCAGACCUAAAACUGAGUCAGGCAUCUUUGUAUCAUGAGAAAGCUGCUGGAGAAGCCUACAUUAGUGAAUUAGAACAAGCAAUGUGUAGGCAAGAGAUUGCACUGAAAAAAGAACAAGUACAUACUAAGACAGAAGAAAGAAGAACAUUUUUUGAAAAUGCUCAGCUGAAUGGUAGUAGGGAUGAGAAUAUCCUUAUUUCAAGUGAAAAGUUUUUUGAGUUAAAUACGGUAACAGGAAAAGGACUGAGUGCACUUUCUUUCCCUUACUUGUGGAUAGAAAAAGCUGAAAUACUAAUUCAGCUAGGCUUGUAUCAACCAGCAAGACUUCUGCUUUCAGAGGCCCAUGCUGCAACUCAGGAAUUGAGGGCCCCGUAUGAUGUGUCAAGGUGCUUGUACUUACUUGCUGUAUUGGCUAACCUGGAAAGAAACCACGGGCAAGCUAAAGCACUCCUUGAGAAAGCACAGCUUCUAGGAGGAAGUGAGCAGUUUUGGUACGACAGUACUCUUAGUCUAAUAGAAGCAAUUCUAGAGGAAGAGGGGGAAGGAAAACAGAGCGUGGCUUGUGAGAUACUGGAACACACUGUAAAUGUGCUCAGAUCUACUUUAUUGAAGAGACCUAACCGACAGUCGGAGUUGGGUUUUAUAAUUGCAUCCCUUGAAGCCAGGAAAACACUUAUUCAGAUAGAUUGUAUGACAAUUAAUGCUGAGUCUUGUCAGUUGCCACAUAUGCUACAGGAAUCUUACAAUAAAUUAGUUCAAAUUGAGAAGGACUUCUUUCAUUAUGGGCAUAAAAACGGCAGUGCUGAGAUACUGCUAGAAUGUGCAAAUAUUCACAGGAUGAUUGCCAAGCAGGAAAGAAAUGAAGAAGAAAAACAUAGUCACUAUCUAGAUGCUUAUGAAUUAGCUCAGAGGGCAGUAUCCAAAACAGAGGAAGUGUUUCAUAAUGUCUGUAGCUUAUUUGCAGUUAAUGAGACUACAAAUAUUAGUAUCCCAUUAAUGAGGCAGCUAGCUAAAAGGAAAAUAAAUCUUGUGGAAAUUCUUUUGGAUAUUUUUCAUCUUGUUAUUACUGAGAAAAAGCUUAAAAAACUGGAAGUAGCAUCGUCUGAUAAAAUUGUGGAGGCAUUCAUCAGGGGAACUACUGAAGAUGAUGCAACAGAACAGGAUUGGAAGCGUAUGGAGUGCACUGUGGGUCAUAUUACACUGGCUCAGUUAGCAAACGUGCAGCAUCUUUCUAGAGGUUGUCCUGACAUCAAAUCCAAAUGCCUAUAUCUCACUGGGAAAACUCUUCAUUUACUUGCCAUUAACGUAGAUCCUGUACAUUCAGAGAUUUACUGGAAGCCAAAUGUUACGAAGGAACAUGGGUUGGCUCAGAAAUAUCUUUCUCAAUCCAGUGAAGCUUUGCUACAGUGUAUGGGUAUUGCAUUCAGUCACAACAUUACUGAUGUACUGGCUCCUGCUAGUUUUGAAAUGGUUGAAUGCUUUCGACAAUUUGAUCCAGUUUCAACUAGCCAGUUUUUGGCGCUUCAUCAGGCAUGGAGAAAUCUCUGUAUUCCUGUUGAACAUUUUAAUAUAAUGGAUGCAUUGCCAUCUAAUUUCUACAUAAUUAUUCUCCAGCAUUCAGAAGACAGAUCAAAUUUGUACAGUUCAUUGAUUGAGAUGCCAAAAGGAAGCACUGCACAGCAAAAAGGAAAACCCACUCUGCCGAUGGUGCGAGCUAAAGUUUCUCGAUUUCCUGUGAAUCCGGAUACAUUUUGUAUUUUGUUGGAAAAAGUGCGUCUUUACAAGCAGCAAAAGAUGAAGAGCCAUUUUAAACAGACUGUCAUUCAAAACUUGCAAGAGUGUGUCUCCAAAACAGAUGUGACUCCGACAGAGAAGGUGUAUGAUAACGGACGCAAUUUGACAUCAGAUUUCUCUGAAAUACUAAAAAUUAUGGAAGAAUACCUGAAACCGGUGCUGUCACAGUUUGAUUUUUCUGAUAUCAGAGAACAGAGCACAUCGGUUUCAGCAGCUGAAUCAGGAAAAAUAAAAGUGAAAGAUAAGGACCCCAAACACACUGGAAUGCGGGGUACACCUAUGGAUUUAGGAUUGUGUGUAGUAUUACUAGCAGAUACAUUAUUUAUGGAAUUGCCUUUGGAAGCUCUGAGUAUCUUUAAAGAGGAAGGAAUAAGUUCUGUAUCCAGAGAUUUUUCUCUCCAGAUUCUCUACAAUCGAGUACAUCUGGCUGAAUCAG